AACAAACGGAUGAUUAACUUCUUCUUCUUCUUCAAAGGCGCCUUGUUAGCGCUUUAUUUGUUUCUUCUUCUCUCUCUAGAAAUUCUCUCAACGUUUCUCGAUUGCCGAGGGCUCAAUCUCAAGCCUGAGUAUCGUUCUUCAAAUUGAAAUGUAGCGCCUUCCAUUCCAUUAGGGCUUCGAAAUUGUUUUUCGUGUUUCGGUUGAUUCUGGAGAUUUAGGGUUUUUUUCCCCUUUUCUUUCUUUCUUUCUGUUUUGGUUCUGGGGGUUCAGUGGGGGUGGAGAAAUGAAGGAUUUGAACUCGGAUAUUUUUGACCCCACGGCCGGGAUGGAUUCGGAUUAUUCGCGUGCUUCUUGUGCUUCAUCGUCCGACGCCGAUUUUGGAUUUGCUUUUAACGACAGUAAUUUCUCUGAUCGCUUGCUCCGGAUUGAGAUUAUGGGGGAACCGGCUGAGUCCCGUCCCGAUUCUGUCGGAUGUACUAGCAUCCUCGAUUGGGCUCGACGGAAGAGACGGAGAGAGGAUUGCAAGAAGGACAACGUUGUUGAUCUUAAUGGAUGCCCCGAGGAACAAGUUUUAAAUGGAAACCAACCUGAUAUGGAUGAUGCCAUACCUUGUGACAAUCUAGACGAUGAACCUGCUCAAAUGAUUGAAGAGUUACAUUCAGGUGAUGAAGCUGCAAAUGGUGAUGAAUCAAGCUGGGGGAUGGAUUGUUCUACUGUUAUUAAAGUUAAAACGCUGCACAUCAGCUCUCCAAUUUUGGCUGCCAAAAGUCCUUUUUUCUACAAGUUGUUCUCUAAUGGGAUGAGGGAGUCCGAACAGCGGAAUGUGACUUUACGAAUCACUGCCUCGGAGGAAGCUGCACUAAUGGAGUUGCUGAAUUUUAUGUAUAGUAAUACCCUAUCUUGUAGCACCGCUUCGGCUUUGCUGGAUGUGCUUAUGGCUGCAGACAAAUUUGAGGUUGCAUCAUGCAUGAGGUAUUGCAGCAGGCUUUUACGAAACUUGCCCAUGACACCUGAGUCUGCAUUGCUGUAUCUAGAGCUUCCAUCCAGUGUCCUAAUGGCCGAAGCAGUCCAACCAUUGACUGAUGCAGCAAAGCAGUAUCUUGCUGUUCGCUACAAGGACAUUACCAAGUUUCAGGACGAGGUUAUGGCUUUGCCUCUUGCAGGAGUGGAAGCAAUAUUGUCCAGUGACGAUCUUCAGGUUGCAUCAGAGGAUGCAGUAUACGACUUCAUCCUCAAGUGGGCUAGAACUCAGUAUCCAAAGUUGGAGGAGCGACGAGAAGUGCUGGGGGCUCGACUUGCUCGUUAUAUUCGAUUCCCCUUUAUGACAUGUCGAAAGCUUAAGAAAGUUCUGACCUGCAAUGACUUCGAUCAUGAUGUUGCUUGCAAACUUGUGCUUGAGGCCCUUUUCUUUAAAGCAGAGGCUCCUCACCGGCAGAGAAUCUUAGCUGCUGAUGAGGCAUCUACCUCAAACCGCCGCUUCUUCAUCGAGAGAGCAUACAAAUAUCGUCCAGUCAAGGUUGUUGAGUUCGAUCGUCCUCGGCAGCAGUGUGUGGUAUACCUGGACUUAAAGCGGGAAGAGUGCACAAAUUUGUUUCCAUCCGGGAGAGUGUAUUCUCAGGCAUUCCACUUGGGUGGUCAAGGAUUUUUUCUUUCGGCUCACUGCAACAUGGAUCAGCAAAGCUCAUUUCAUUGUUUUGGGCUUUUCUUGGGAAUGCAGGAAAAAGGAUCAGUUUCUUUUGCAGUUGACUAUGAAUUUGCUGCAAGAUCAAAGCCAACGGAGGAGUUUGUAAGCAAAUAUAAGGGCAAUUACACGUUCACCGGAGGCAAGGCGGUUGGCUAUAGAAACUUAUUUGCAAUACCAUGGACUUCUUUCAUGGCUGAAGAUAGUCACUACUUUAUAAAUGGAGUCCUCCAUCUUAGAGCUGAACUCACCAUCAGGAGCUGAACUUCCUUGACCACAUUUCUGUUUGAUCGGUUCAGUCUCUAAAGUAACCAAGGGUAUUAUUAUUCUCAAUUCUCUCUGGUCUAGGUUGUCUAACCAUCUAAUUUUUGUAUGGCUUUCUUUUCUUGUUUGCCGUUUUGACAUCCAUCCUUCCCUCUACUCGACUAAGACAAUGUAAUAGUAAAGCUGUUUUUUAAUAUUAAUACUUGGCUCUCAAGUAUGUUAUACCAAAAUCUCUCUGGGGAUUGCUUUACUUUCCUUCGCCAUACUACUUAACAUCAACAUUUGUAACCUGGAGUUCUGGUAUCCUUGGAUCUUUGAAAUGUAUUUGGUAGGCUUUGAAGCUUGACUGA